CCAAUAUGUAUCAGCAAAGUCCGUUACACGAGUUUACGAACCGCUGCAUGUCUCUCUAGCUGCAGCCUCGGAUGCAGAUGGAAUGCAGUCCCUUCGCUAAGACUCAGCACUUGAUCGUUCUGACAAUGUCUGCUGAUUUGUCCACAGCUUGUAAAGUUCAGACCUGCAGAGAAAUCGGUCCCGCUGAGUGCACAAUCUAACACGAUUGGGCAUCGUUGGACUCUGGCGACCACACCGGUUGAUCCUAUAACUCUGCCGCAUAGGAUUUCACCCCUGCGCUUCCGUCGCCAAGAGAGCUUGUGUAUAUAUUUUGACGUCUGCUGUGUAAGUCGAUCGUUCAAACGGCACCACUCUGAUCACUCUAUCUUGUUUCCAUCAUGACCCGUUCGUGGUUGCUGUACCUACCAGCUUUUUGCAUUGGAAAUUUUGCCAGUCCAUUGAUUGGCUCUGUUCAGUAUGACUACAUCAUCGUUGGUGGUGGUACAGCUGGAUGUGUGCUUGCCAAUCGUCUUUCGGCAGAUCCAUCCAUAUCAGUUGCUCUGAUCGAAGCUGGGCCUACCGUCUUCAAUGACUCUCGAGUUCUCUCUAUCAGUCCUUCCGGGCCCGCAUGGGGUACUGAGCUCGACUGGAACUAUACAACGAUCCCACAGAUUCAUGUAAACAACGCUGUAUUGACAUACCAUGCGGGCAGAGACAUUGGCGGUACAAGCACCAUUAAUGGUAUGGUGUACCUUCGCCCGACUGCUGAAGAACUAGAUUCUUGGCCGGUCCUGGGGAACCAUGGAUACUCAUGGGACAGUCUCCUGCCUUACUUCAAGAAGAGUGAGCACUUGCAACUCCCCACUGAACCUCGUUCACUCUCCGAAGCGUCCUACGAGGCCGCCUUCCAUGGUUUCGCUGGUCCAGUCAAGGUUGGUUGGGGCAAUGAUUUAGAUCCCGCUGCUGGAUUUGGGCAAGCAUUGAACACAUCCUUCCAAGCUCUAGGGGUUGGAUGGAAUGUGGACCCAAACUCUGGCAACACAACAGGAAUUGGCUUGUUCCCGAUCGAGAAGGACACUGUUCUCCAAAUCAGACAAGACUCGGCCAGAUCGUAUUACUUGCCUGUCAUGGAUCGGCCAAAUUUGCAUGCUUUCACCAACACUACCGCCCUCAAUAUCGAUCUGGAUAACAGUAAAGCUCAUCACGGUCCUAAAAGACCGUUCAGGGCAAAAGCUGUGAACGUGAGCCUGCCCUCGGGCAAAAAACAGACUCUCUACUCCAAGCAAGAAAUCAUUCUUUCGGCUGGCACAUACAGAACACCUGGUCUCCUCGAACAGUCGGGAAUUGGCAAUCCUUCUGUUCUACGUAACUUAUCAAUCACUCCAAAGGUGAUUCUUCCAGGCGUAGGAGCUCACGUCCAAGAUCAAUGGCUAGUAGGCAUCAUCUACAAUACAAACAUCACCAUAGAUUCCGUAACAGCAGGUUACAACUCGAACCCUGUUACAGUUGCUCUGACUGCCGCUGAUCUAUUCGGCGAUGAUCUUGAGGCUACGGCUGCACAACUCUACAGAGAUAUACCGUCAUAUGCUCGAACACUUUCAGAAGCAAGCAACGGCGCCAUCUCUGUACAAGCACAAGAGCAGAUAUUGAGACUUCGAGCACGUCUAAUACUCAAAGAUAACGUGGGAACCGGCUCCUGCUCGUUUGGAAACUAUGGUGGUAAUUGCUGGGUCACACUACCCCUCUCUACAGGAAACGUCCAUUCCUCCUCCGACCCGUCAAACCCAAGAAUCAACCCAAACUUCAUGCAACUCCCCUGGGACAUCCUAGUAACCCAACGCCUAAUCUCCACCCUCCGAAAAGUCCUCUCCUCACCUCCCGUCCAACUCGCCCUCGGCCCCUCCGCCAACGUCGAGCUAUCCCCCGGCCUCGCAAACGUACCACUAAACGCCACCCUCUCCCAAUGGACAUCCUUUUUCCAAGCCGCUCUCGCUCCAGUCUGGCAUGCUGUAGGAUCUGCGGGCAUGAGAAGAAGGGAUUGGGGCGGAGUAGUGGAUACAAAGUUUAGAGUGUAUGGUGUACAAGGACUGAGAAUUGUGGAUGCAAGUGUUAUUCCAGUGGAGGUUAAUGGUAAUCCUACGAGUCUUAUUUAUGCAUUGGCGGAGAAGGCGGCGGAGGAUAUUUUAGCGGAUUGUGGCAGAGGUGGUAAGGGAAAGGGAUGGUGAGGUUUAAAUUGGCCCAUUUGCAAACCAUACUGCUAUGAGUGCAUAUUAU